UUUAAAUUGUGUUCGCGUUUACAGCGUUAUUUUCCUAAUUUUAAUGGUUCGCGUUAGAAAACGGCGAUUUAGUCGAAAAGGUAAACAAAAACUCGCAUCAAAAAGUUUUGGUGCACGAAUAACGAAACGUGUUGAAAGAGCUGAGCAAAAACGUGAUGUUGAAGCUUUGCGAGCAAAAGUUAGCGAUAAUGUAGCUCGAGAACUAAACAAAGAACCGCACUCAUUCAUAAUUCAUCGCGGAUCAGUUGGUCGAUAUUUGCGAGAACUUGAACUGGAUUUGCGGCGAGUAAUGGAGCCUUUUACAGCAAGCAAAUUGAAGGCAUUAAAACGCAAUAACAUCAAAGAUUUUGUGAUAAAUGGAGCUGCACUUGGUGUAACACAUUUGUUAGUUAUCACUCGUAGUGAUACGUCAGCCAUUAUGAGGAUCAUUAGGUGUCCACAAGGACCAACUAUAACAUUUAAAGUGGUAGAAUAUACACUUUCCAGACACAUUGUUAGCUGUAUGCGUCAUCCAGUUCAUUUCCCCCAGUUGUUCAUAACGGCUCCUUUAGUUGUUAUUAAUGGAUUUAACGAUACCAAUAAGAAGCAUUUAAAACUUGUUCAAUCUAUGUUCCAGAAUAUGUUUCCGUCUAUCAAUGUUGAUACAGUAAAGCUUUCUCAAGUUCGUCGCUGUGUAUUGGUUAAUUAUGAUAAAGAAAAUGAUCGCAUCGACAUACGGCAUUACGCAAUAAAAUCGGUUCCCUCGGGUCUGAGCAAAUCUGCCAAAAAAUUAGUUCAAAGCAAAGUGCCGAAUCUCUCCAAAUACAAAGAUAUAAGUGAAUAUUUUUUAAAUCCUGGUCAAUUAAGCGAUAGUGAAUUCGAAGGUGAGAAAGAUGAAAUCAAAUUGCCACAAGAUUUAAAAGCACGUGGUUGCAAAGCCGGCCAACUUACUAAUAUAAGAUUAAUUGAAUUAGGACCACGUUUGUGUUUGUCUGUCGCAAAAAUUGAAGAAGGUAUCGAUGAAGGCGAAGUGCUUUACCAUUCCUACAUUACUAAAAGUGCUAAAGAACUAACAGAUUUAAGGAAAGAUCUUCCUAGAAGAAGGAAAUUGAAAAAAUCACUUGAAAUGAAAAAUGAGCAUCGCAUCAUUCGACGAUUGCAAGCUGCAGCUGAUAAAGAAGCAAGUGAAAAACAAGAAUUCAAUAAAAUGAAGAGUGAAUUAAUUGAUAAGCAAAAAGCAGUAACUGGCGAUUAUGAAGCUGAAAAAUCCGAUGAGAAAAUUGUUUUUAAGCACCAGCAAGUUUCUGAAAAAUUUCCGAAAAAGAAAAGGCAAGUUCUUUGA